AGCUGACGGAAAGGGGGGGACCGCAGUGAGCUGCGGAAGGCGAUUGGCUGCGUUGGCGAGCGACGGCGGUAGCGGCUGCUGCUCCAGCCUAGCCUAGCCUAACGCGGCGGGCCGGAGAGGAGCAUAGGGGGCUCGCUGUGCCUCGUCUCCGCUCGUGGAAGAAGCAGAAAAGGCGACGGCGGCAGUCAACCACGGAAAGGUUUAAAAUAGCACUAUGGCUCAUUCAAAGACAAGAGCCAAUGAUGGAAAAAUUACAUACCCUCCAGGAGUUAAAGAAAUAUCUGACAAAAUUUCAAAAGAAGAGAUGGUACGAAGAUUAAAAAUGGUUGUAAAAACCUUUAUGGAUAUGGACCAAGACUCUGAAGAGGAAAAAGAGUUGUAUCUAAAUCUUGCUUUACAUCUUGCUUCUGAUUUUUUUCUUAAGCAUCCUGACAAAGAUGUGCGCUUGCUUGUUGCGUGUUGUCUUGCUGAUAUUUUUAGAAUAUAUGCUCCUGAAGCACCAUAUACUUCACCUGAUAAACUCAAGGAUAUAUUUAUGUUUAUCACAAGACAACUGAAGGGAUUAGAAGAUACAAAAAGCCCACAAUUCAACAGAUAUUUUUAUUUAUUAGAGAAUAUUGCAUGGGUUAAAUCUUACAACAUAUGCUUUGAACUAGAAGAUAGCAAUGAAAUUUUUACACAACUGUACAGAACAUUAUUUUCUGUUAUCAACAAUGGUCAUAACCAGAAGGUUCAUAUGCAUAUGGUAGAUUUGAUGAGUUCUAUCAUUUGUGAAGGUGAUACAGUAUCUCAAGAGCUUUUGGAUACAGUUUUAGUUAAUCUAGUACCUGCACAUAAGAAUUUAAACAAACAAGCAUAUGACUUGGCAAAGGCUUUACUGAAGAGAACAGCCCAGGCUAUUGAACCAUACAUUACUAAUUUCUUUAAUCAAGUGCUUAUGCUAGGAAAAACAUCCAUCAGUGAUCUCUCGGAGCAUGUUUUUGAUUUAAUUUUGGAGCUAUAUAAUAUUGACAGCCAUCUUUUACUCUCAGUUUUGCCACAGCUUGAGUUUAAACUUAAGAGCAAUGACAAUGAGGAACGACUCCAGGUUGUAAAACUUCUUGCAAAAAUGUUUGGAGCAAAAGAUUCGGAGCUGGCAGCUCAGAACAAGCCCCUUUGGCAAUGCUACUUAGGAAGAUUCAAUGAUAUACAUGUACCUAUCCGUCUUGAAUGUGUGAAAUUUGCCAGUCAUUGCCUUAUGAACCAUCCUGAUCUAGCGAAAGAUCUAACAGAAUAUCUUAAAGUGAGAUCUCAUGACCCUGAAGAAGCUAUUAGGCACGAUGUUAUUGUAUCAAUAGUUACUGCUGCUAAGAAAGAUCUCCUCCUUGUGAAUGAUCAUCUGCUUAAUUUUGUGAGAGAGCGAACACUAGACAAACGGUGGAGGGUGAGAAAAGAAGCUAUGAUGGGACUUGCACAGAUAUAUAAGAAAUAUUCUUUACAAUCAGAAGCUGGAAAAGAAGCUGCUAAACAAAUUGCUUGGAUUAAGGACAAAUUAUUGCAUAUAUAUUACCAAAACAGUAUUGAUGAUCGAUUGCUGGUAGAACGAAUCUUUGCUCAAUAUAUGGUUCCACACAAUUUGGAAACAAAUGAAAGAAUGAAAUGCUUAUACUACCUUUACGCAACACUUGAUUCUAAUGCUGUUAAGGCAUUGAAUGAAAUGUGGAAAUGUCAAAAUUUACUGAGGCAUCAAGUAAAAGAUUUGGUUGAUUUAAUCAAACAGACAAAGUCAGAUGCCAGCAGUAAAGCUAUAUUUUCCAAAGUGAUGGUAAUAACAAGAAAUUUGCCAGAUCCUGGCAAAGCACAGGAUUUCAUGAAGAAAUUCACUCAAGUUCUAGAAGAUGACGACAAAAUAAAACACCAGUUGGAAAUGCUUGUUAGCCCAACUUGUUCAUGCAAACAAGCUGAAGGAUGUGUGCGUGAAAUUACAAAGAAGUUAGGCAAUCCCAAGCAACCUACAAACCCUUUUUUGGAAAUGGUAAAGUUUCUUUUAGAGAGGAUAGCUCCUGUGCACAUUGACACCGAAUCCAUCAGUGCCCUUAUUAAACAAGUAAACAAAUCCAUAGAUGGGACAGCAGAUGAUGAAGAUGAAGGUGUCCCUACUGAUCUGGCAAUCAGAGCAGGUCUUGAAUUGCUUAAGGUUCUUUCAUUUACCCACCCUAUCUCAUUCCAUUCAGCUGAAACAUUUGAAUCUCUCCUGGCCUGUUUAAAAAUGGAUGAUGAAAAAGUAGCUGAAGCUGCAUUACAGAUUUUUAAGAACACAGGAAGCAGAAUUGAGGAGAAUUUUUUACAUAUCAGAUCAGCUUUACUUCCAGUUUUACAACAUAAAGCUAAAAAAGGUCCUCCUCGACAGGCCAAGUAUGCCAUUCACUGCAUCCAUGCAAUAUUCUCCAGUAAAGAAACACAAUUCGCACAGAUAUUUGAGCCACUACAUAAGAGUCUCGAUCCAAGUAAUCUGGAACAUCUGAUUACACCACUGGUUUCUAUCGGCCACAUAGCCUUGCUGGCUCCUGAUCAGUUUGCUGCCCCGCUGAAAUCUUUGGUGGCUACAUUUAUAGUUAAAGAUUUGUUAAUGAGUGACAGGAUGCCAGGAAAAAAAACAACUAAGCUAUGGGUGCCAGAUGAAGAAGUUUCUCCAGAGACUCUUGUAAAGAUCCAGGCAAUUAAGAUGAUGGUUCGAUGGUUACUAGGAAUGAAGAAUAACCACAGUAAAUCAGGAACAUCUACAUUAAGACUGUUAACAACAAUCUUGCACAGUGAUGGAGAUCUAACUGAACAGGGGAAAAUUAGCAAACCUGAUAUGUCUCGUCUAAGGCUAGCUGCUGCUAGUGCUAUUGUCAAGCUGGCACAGGAACCUUGUUAUCAUGAAAUCAUCACAUUAGAACAGUACCAACUGUGUGCAUUAGCUAUCAAUGAUGAGUGUUACCAAGUUAGGCAAGCAUUUGCUCAGAAACUUCACAAAGGCCUAUCAAGACUCAGGUUACCACUGGAAUAUAUGGCUAUUUGUGCAUUGUGUGCAAAAGACCCAGUAAAGGAGAGAAGAGCUCAUGCCAGACAGUGCCUAGUAAAAAACAUAAAUGUGAGAAGAGAAUAUCUAAAACAGCAUGCAGCAGUUAGUGAGAAACUUUUGUCACUUCUACCAGAGUAUGUUGUUCCAUACACUAUCCAUCUUCUGGCACAUGAUCCUGAUUAUGUCAAAAUCCAAGACAUUGAACAACUAAAAGAUAUUAAAGAGUGUCUGUGGUUCAUACUAGAAAUAUUAAUGGCUAAAAAUGAAAAUAAUAGUCAUGCAUUUAUCAGAAAAAUGGUAGAGAAUAUUAAACAGACAAAAGAUGCCCAAGGACCUGAAGACACAAAAAUGAAUGAAAAACUUUAUACAGUAUGUGAUAUAGCAAUGAACAUCAUAAUGUCAAAGAGCACAACAUAUAGUUUGGAAUCUCCCAAAGACCCUGUAUUACCAGCUCGAUAUUUCACUCAGCCUGACAAAAAUUUCAGUAAUACCAAAAACUAUCUGCCUCCAGAAAUGAAAUCAUUUUUUACUCCAGGAAAGCCCAAAGCAGCCAAUGUUCUUGGAGCAGUUAAUAAGCCUCUUUCAACUGCAGGCAAGCAAUCUCAAUCCAAAUCUUCUCGGAUGGAAACUGUAAGCAAUGCCAGUAGCAAUUCAAACCCAAGCUCACCUGGAAGAAUUAAAGGAAGGCUUGAUAGCACUGAACUGGACCACAGUGAAAAUGAAGACUAUACAAUGGCAUCAUCUCUGCCAGGAAAGAAGAAUGAUAAAAGAGAUGAUUCUGAAAUUUCAGAGCUGGAAAAGCCCAGAAGUAGAAAGAAAAUGAUUACAGAUCCUGAAGAAAAGUUGAGAAUGGAUGAACUGAGCAAAUUAGGACAAGAACCAAAACUUAGAAGUAGCCAGAGAGGCAGAAAAAGAGCUGCAGUUAUUUCAGAGUCUGAGGAACCUCAGUGGUCAGAGGAAAAGAGGUUAAAAGAGAGUAUCUUAGAAAGUGAAGAUGAACAAAACAGUCCACCAAAGAAGGGAAGAAGAGGGCGACCACCAAAGGCCACCACAGGAAGCAUACAAAAAGAAGAAUCAACAGUAAAAACAUCUAAAAGAGGGAGAAAAAAAGCUGUGCCAGUUAAACCUAUGGAGGAGGAGGAAGAAGAGGAGGAGGAAGAAGAGGAGGAGGAAGAAGAGGAAGAAAGUCAGAUAGACAGCAUAGAACAGAAGUCAAAAGGUCGACAGUACAAAACACCCAAAAAAUCACAACAAAGAUCUGAAUCAUCAGAAAUAAGUACAGCUGAAUCAAACCAGUCUACACCGCAAAAAAGACGAGGAAGACCACCAAAAGUUCCACCCACUCAGCAGAAGAAAGGAGGAGCUGGACGAUCAAAACAAACAGCAAGCAAAGAAAAUGAAUCUAGUGAAGAGAUGGAUGUAUUUCAAAGUAGUUCUCCCAUUCAUGAUAUUCCUCAAGAAGUAACAAUGGAAGAAGAAGAAGUGUCCUCAAUCAGAGUUCGUCGGAGGACAUCUAAAAGGGAAAGGCGAUGAAGAGUCAUGCUCCUGCCAUUUUUAAAUGAUGUCAUUCUUAUCAUUUGCAAACUUUUAUGCUGAAGAGAAUUGUUUAUGCUCACAGUGGGAUUGCUGAAGAAAUUAAAUCACUCUAUUUCCUGCUCCUGCUUUUUGAAGCUCCUAGGUCAUGAGCAUAAUUCACACAUAUGUUUAUAUCAUUAACUAUGGGGUUUUGUGAAAUGUAAUGUAUGCUGGCUAUAUAGGCAAAAGAACUAAAAAAACUGUCUGUAAAUAAUCCUUUUUUAAAAAAAAUAUUUCUGACUUUAAAGUGCUUGUAUAGCUUUUAUCACGGCUUUACACAACAGUAGAAGACUGUUUGGUAGAGCUAUUGAUUUGGG